UUGGGUGGCACUGGCGGCUUCGAAUGCAGUCGUGUAUCAAGAACAAAGUGCUUUGACAGAUAUUUUCCAAUAAUUUUCAAUUUUUUUCUUGAAGAAUUUGCUAGACUUUGUUUUGAACGGUUUAAUCACAAAAAUUAAUAUCGAUUGCCCAGGAAGCUGGACGGCUGUGUUUAGACAUCAUGAACGUAUCGAUUUAAUUGAAACAAUCGCGAAACAAUCAUCCAAUUAAAGCUAUUUAAUGUGAUCUUGUUACCGUAUCGAAUUUGAAUGUUGUGAUUUUUCCCAAUAAGUACGGAGUCGGCGGAGAGUGUGACAAACAGGAAAUAGGAAAAUUCUAUAAUGCUCAUGACGAAAUUUGGUCGAGUGUCGACUUGUUGUUUUGCAUUUUUGCUGCUGUUGUACUGCUCGGCGAUUGUCUCGAGCUUGGGCGAUCCGUAUAAGAUUUUGGGUGUAUCGCGACAUGCAAGUUUAGCGGAUAUCCGACGAGCCUACAAACAACUUGCGAAAGAAUGGCACCCGGACAAAUCGAGUGACCCAGAUGCCGAGCGAAAAUUUGUGGAAAUCAAGCAGGCGUACGAGUUGCUCUCGGAUGCGGAGCGAAGGCGAGUUUAUGACCAACACGGGAUAACUAACGAGGACUCGCACAUGUUCCGCGAGCCACACGAUUACAGCCAGUACGGGCGUUUUGCCCCGGAUCCGUUUGAAGAGUUUUUCGGACAUCGAUUCCACUUCGACCAGGACAUCAGUUUGUUCCAUAAAUUGUCGAUAACCACAAAAUACUAUGAGCAAAAUAUUGUGCCGAAAAGCCGCUUGGUGCCUCACAUUUUGUUCUUCUACGCCGAUUGGUGCUUUUCGUGCAUGAAGGCGGCGAACUCGUUCAAGAAAAUGAUUGAUUCAUUGGAGCCUUUAGGAAUUGUGUUCGCAACCGUUAAUGCCGGCCACGAGAGUCAACUUCUGCGAAAGACUGGCGUACAUUCCCUCCCGUGUAUAGUGCUGGUGUUGAAUGGUCACAAUUACGUGUACAAGGAAAGCAUUUACAGUUUGCAAAAAAUCGUGGACUUUGUCAGACAUAAAAUGCCAUACAAACUGAUUCAAACGGUCAACGACAGCAAUCUCGAAGAGUUUUUGAAUGGCUGGAGCGACAAUCGUGUUCGGGCUUUAAUAAUGGAGCCAAGAAAUCAGCCCCGCUUACGAUACAUCAUAACGGCUUACGGGUACCGCCAUCGUGUAGCAUUUGGUUUUAUACAUUUGAAUACCAAAGAAACGCAAUUAACCCAAGAAAGAUUUAAAGUACAUCCAAGCUUAGACACUUUACUCAUAUUUAAUGAAGAUUCGGCUCGACCUGUAGCCAGCGUGUCUAUGGCAGAUAUUCCAACUCAAACUCUCGUCAAUGUGAUAUCAGCGAACCAGUAUUUAGUGCUACCCAGAUUAUCUUCGCAGGAAAUGUUAGAUGGUGUAUGUCCGACUGAAUGGAAUCGUCCCCGAAAGCGGCUGUGUGUUGUGCUGAUCACGGAAAACACCGAAGCACAUAAUGACGCUCGACAUGUUCUACGUAAAAUAGCUUUACAAGGAGGCUACAACGCGGAAAGAGUCCGUUUUGCUUACAUUUAUCAGGAUAAACAAUCAGAUUUCGUGAAUGCUCUAUCAAAAGGAAUCACUGACAAUGAUAUGCUAUUGCGAUUAGUUGUUAUAUGGCGCAGGGACACAUCACACAUCAAAUACGAGUGGAUAAACGGAGCCAAAUUGAAUAUUAAUCGCCAGGAAAAAGAGUCUGAAGAGCAAACGAUGAAUCAAACGAAACAGAAGCUUGACGAUACAAUCCAACGACUUCUUCGAAGCACAGAGGCACUUAGUUAUGAAGCAUUGGUUAAAGACCUACUCGAUGAACAUGCGCAAGGUUUGCUGGGGAGAGUCUUCAGUAAAAUGCUUCUCGUUGUCGAAUAUUUUGCAGAUAAUCUCGGCCAAGAGCAUAUUCUACCGGCAUUAUCCGUUGUGGCGACGGUUGGGUUCAUUCUGGCGGUCGGAUAUUUGAUGGCUUACCUAGUUCGUGUUGAAGAAGAAAAUAUCAAGAAACGUGGUGUGAAACUGGAGAACAAUAACGCUGCCAAACAAACAUAUGUGCCUGAACUAAAACUACAUGAACUUCGAGCAGAAAAAUACAAUGGACUUGUGCGAUUGCUCAAACCAGGCUGUCGGACAGUUGUCCUCAUAACUGAUUUGCAAUCCCGCAGCAAGCUAAUUCCCGGUUUUCAUAAAGCUGUUUGGCCAUAUCGCAAGAACAAGACUCUGAUGUUUUCUCAUAUGCUUAUUGAGAAGGGUCUCAGUUGGUUCUCGGAACUACUAAGAUUGUCGCUUCCUGAGCAAAGAGACCUUCAAAUUAAUCCUCGCAAUUGCAUUGGAACAGUUUUAGUGUUAAACGGGCAUCGCAAAUAUUUCUGCAUGUAUCAUGCUAAACACCCUGAAUCGAAACGUGGUGCCAAGAGAAUGUUGAAAAUGACACGCCAUUUGAGUACAUUACCAAAUUCCGAUCCUGAGGCUGGGGCAUUCCUCGGCAUGCAAGACAGCGAUUCUUCCGAAAAUAGUGAGAACGAUGCUAAGAUUUUACUAGAGGAGAAUCUUCUGGAUGGACUUAGUAAUUGGCUAGAUCGCGUGUUUGAAGGUACAACACAUAGGUAUUAUAUAAAUUACUGGCCGGAUUUCCCAACAAAGUAAUUUGUUGGAUGCUAAACACUAAAAUAAUUUAUAAUCAAUAAAUUGAUAAGAAAUGUUUGCACCAAAUUGAUGAUCUAUAGAGAAAGUGAGCAUUAUUUAAGAUAUUUAUUUCUCUGAUUAGACGUAAUUUCUAGACUUUAUUUUGUUAUCAUUGUUGUAAUAACGUUUUAAACUAUUACGCCUAUUGCAUUCUUCUUUUUAAUAUCUAUUUCUAUCUAAGAAUUAUAGAUUUAGAGAAGGAUCGAUCCGAAAUAUCUAUUCUAGUCACUUGUAAAAGUAUUUAAGAAAAUAUUGCCAUAAACUAUAAACCAAUAAAUGCCGAAUUAACCGAUUAAGCACAAUAAAGUCAAUAAGAUUCAAUUAAAAUAUUAAAGAGAACGCGGAAUAACUUGUAUCUAUCACAAAGUAAGAACGAUAUGUGCCAUUUGCUUUCAUGGAGGGUCGUUUUCCAUUUAUGAAAGUCAAAUAAAAAUCCUCAGUAUCCAUAAUUGCCUGAUUUUGUAGAAGGAGACUGAAACGAACAACACGAAAAGUGUGGCCCCAUCCAUAUUAAUUACCAUCGCUACCUUAAAUUUACCCUAAACAAUAUUUCAGAUUUGCAUUUUUCUUUUAUUUUGAUAAAAUCAAUCGACCAGCAUUUAUAAUUGUGAUGAUAUAUCGCUGACACUUUCCUUUUUUUUAAUCACCGAUUUGUAGUCUUAGUUGUAGACAUCUGGCUAAACUACUUCUGGAAUAUUUGGUCGUUCUGCUGAAAAAGUCGGAAAGUAAAUCACAACCAAUAAUACUACUAAGACUUAAACUCCCCUCAUCACUUAUCAUUGCCUUUUUUCACUUCCACUCCAAUUCAUGGUACGCUCCCAUUUUGUUAAUACGAAUCCCCGCUUCAUCCCUAAGUAAUAACCUUAUAUUACAAUAGAAUAGAGGAAUUAGAGAAGGCUAUAGGACAAGGAAAAAACUCGCUUAUUAAAAACCGAUUCUGUAAAUUUUACCUUUGAAAGCCCAAAAAAUAUAUCAAGACACUUUACAUAUGACAAUUCUCGAACCGAAGGAGGAAAGGAUCAAUGGAGUUGUCUUACUUUGAAUUAUGUUGUUUUAUUAUUAAGUAAGGAUAUUAUAAAUUGAAAUAAAUAUUAAAAACUAAAA